CAUUUGUAGUUGGGAGAAAAAAAAAACUCAUAAUAAAGAAGAGGAAAUAGUGAAAAGAGGAGAAAAAAAGGAAUUCUAGCCUUCACCUUCUUCCCCUCUCCCUCGAACUGCCGCCGAUCCUACCCUUUUCCUCAAUCUUUUUCUCCGGCGACACUUCAGCAGCCACAGGCGUUAGGCAGUGACGACGGUAGCCUAAAUCCACGGUGGUCCACGUUCACCCACGAAUCUGACUUGCUUUGUGAGCCCGACGUCGAACGGCUUUGCCUAGACUCUCGUGGUAUCGUAUUUCCUCCGUUUGAGCAUCCGGCGUGAACAACAAAUUGUGCAUCACGUUUUGACGACUCGGCGUGUUUUGCAGCAAAGUUUUUAGCUUGGGGGUCUGUAAGAAGGAAGAAAGAAGGCCAAAAUGGAUGCUCAAGCCAAGAGAAAGGCAUUGUUUCGUGCUAAAUUGAACGCCCAAAAGAAGGAUAAGCGCAUUGAUUCUCCUCUCGUCAGGACUUUGAGCCCUGUGCCUUGGAGCUUCACAACAGCCGUGGUCAUGAGACGUUCCUCCUUAUGUUGUGAGCCUCGAGGCGCAAGACUUGUGCAUUUAGCCCAGGUACAAUGAAUUGGACCAACCUGUCUGUAGGGUUUGCGACAUGGUCUUGAAAUCAGAAGUUUACUGGGAUGCUCACCAAUCUUCUCGCAGACAUCAUGAGGCAAUACAAAAUCUCAAAGCCAGUGCAGCAGGCAGGUCUGGAGUUGAAAAUAUUAAAGCCGAGGCCCAUGCUGAACUUCCUAAUAACAGAUCAUUAGAUUCAAAGAAAGAAAUGACUGGGACAUCGUCAGAGUUACCAAAACGUCCGUCAUCAUCUGUGCUUCCUUCAGAUUUUUUCGACCAGAAUGCCAAAAGGCUUAAAACUGGAAAGGAUAUUGUAACUGAUUCACGUAGUGGUAGCAUUGCACAGUCAGAGGUGAUUCCAAAGGCCAGUGACUUUAAUAAGAAAUCUUCUAUGAAUGCUGGUUCAGAGGGGAAGCAAAUAAAGGGAGCUCUGCCCGAGGGUUUCUUUGAUGACAAAGAGGCUGAUUUGCGUGCACAUGGGAUAAAACUUGUUAAGCCUGAUGUCAAAGAUGAAUACAAGGAAUUUGAAAAGUUGAUCCAAGAAGAUUUGCAAGAGGUGGAUGACCGUUUGGAAGAGGAGGAGAUCGAUGCUGCCGAAAUGAUAGAGGAGGCUGAAACCUUAGAACAGAAGGCCUACAGGGAGAGAGUAGAAUUGUUGAAGAGGAAGAAAAUGGAGUUAAAGACCAAAAAAUCAGCAGAACAAAGUAGAGCCGAGCCCCAAAUUCCUACUAAAGAUUCUCAAGCUGACGACUCCUCGAGUGAUGAUGAUGAUAGUGACACAAAUUAUACAGUAGAUUGGAGAGCUCAACACUUGUGAUAUUAGUUCGAUUACAAAUUAUACAGUACAUUGUGAUGAUACUAGGGAUUCUCAAGUUGACAACUCUUCAAGUGAUGAUGAUGAUAGUGAAUACAAUAGAUUGGAGAGCUCAACACUUCUGAUAGAUAUUCGAUUCUAAAUUUUUGAUAUCAUAUAAGGUGGAACGAAGAAAAUAGAGAGGAAUGUGAAUCAUGUGAUAAUGUAGAUAUUAAUUUUCUGUUCAACCGCAUUUUGUAGCUUGGGAUAGGUUGUCAUGUUGUUGCAUAUUGAAGAAAGGGUAGCUGAAAAUUUUCAAGUGUUACUUUUGGGAUUCUUGAGAGUGGCCUUACCAAUUAGUAAAAGAAUUUGCAUAGCCCCGAGAGAUACGUAGGGACUACUUGUUUGAACAUGUCCAAUCCCAAAUCAAUUAUAUACUUAUUUAGGUGAUUUA